UGUAGAUUUUAUUUUGAAAGUUAAACCGGAUGCAGAUCCGUUGUUGCGCCUGACUUGUCUCUUCUCCGCUCUCCUCUCGCACUCUGCGGCUGCUGCUGGUCGCUGUCAUCAUGCAGGUGGAAUCUGCGCAGUGUGCUUCAGAAUAAAAAUCUUUGACAGGGACGCAACGACUCUGAGCUGCCAAUCAGCUGGACUCCUGACAUCCAUCCGCCGUGGAGGAAGAAGCAACAAGACAAGAGACAAACCGACACAUUGGAUUUUUUUUUUUUUUACCUCCUUGCACCUUUUACCUGCCUAAGUUAGAAACAGGUUUAAAUUUGGAUUAAGAUCUCGUUAAAUUAUUGCUCUGCGCGGGACAAUAAAACGGUGUUGUUACAAAGUGUUUUCCUCUCUUGGCGCAGUCCAGCACAGCUCAGCGGGAGUCGCAGAGGAUGUCGUCCAGUCCUAAAGGAAAUGAAAGUCCCAAACAGACCAGAAGGACGUAAUCUUUUGGGAAUAUCUUCUCUUUGCACGCGCCGGUGCGAUGGAUGAAGGCACCGCCAGCGACACCAUCCCAGAUCUGAAAGACAUAGAGACAAAAAUCGGCCGGAAGACUCCGGAGGGUUUGCUCAGGUGGAUGAGAGAAGAUGCGUCCUCUCUCCGGGGAGAAACCAAACUGGCCACCCCUCAGGACACCAGUAAGGACACUGGGAGGAAGAGUUUGGAUGAAAAGAUUAGGAAGCUCAGGAUGGAGAUGGCUUAUCUUCGCUCAGUGGAUGUCAAGAUUUUGCAACAGUUACUGGCAGUCCAUGAGGGCAUCGAGGCAGUGAAAUGGCUGAUGGAGGAGCGCAGCACACUAACCAGUCACUGCAGCAGCCUGACCAGCAGUCAGUACAGUUUGGGUGAGGGCCCCGACACGUCUUGGAGGGGUUCCUGGAGCAGCCUGCAGGACCCCACUAAUGACAAGCUAGACAACAUCUCUAUAGGCAGCUACCUGGACACUCUGGCUGAUGACAUGGAUGAGUACUGCCCCUCCAGCUCAGAGUCUGUCAUUUGCUCCACCACGCCACUGGUUUCAGAAGCUGCACCCGAGAGCGACACAACCGGAGCCCCGAGAGUGUGUGGAGCAGGAGCUGCUGUGGGAGCUAGGUCGAGUAAUGGAGAUGGGAAUCAGAUUCGAACUGGGACAAGUGACAAAGAAAUGUUAGGGGCACUUGGGGUUAGCAGUGCCGUCACUGGGCCUGGAGGCAGUGAAGCUGGAAUAUUAGGAGCUCCCGUCAAGUUUCCCCAAGUCAAGUCAAACAGGUCCAAGGAAAACUCUCCAGUCCGAACCAAGCCUGCAGAAAUGGAUAAGGGCAGCCCUGUUUUAAAAGACGAUGCCAAAACACAAAUGCUUAAGGUCAAUGGUGUUCUGGAAAAAACAGCAACACAGACAGGCAGCCCGACUCGCAAAGGCGUCCCUGACAAACUGGGAACCAGACAGAGCCCCAAAGCCAAACAGUACAAAAACGGGAAGAUUGACUUGGAUACAUGCAAAAUGAAUGGCAAAAUGCACCUGGAGUACGAUGCUCACUGGCGAUGGGUGCAGUCACAGGAAGAUGUGACAUUUUUGUAAAAAAGGACCAUCACAUUGAGGGUGAACAACCAUAUUAAAUGACAUUAACAUUCUUCCCUCUGCACUGACUUUUCUAGAAAACAUUGAUGUCACCAUUUUACAGGAUUUGGCCCAUUUUUUUUUUUUUUUUUUUUACAGAUGGGGAUGCCUCACUCAAAUAUAGGAAAAUUACUUUGAAAAUUCAGUACUAUAGUCUGUCUCAGGAUAUUUCUAGCAGGCCCUAAUUUUAAUUUGAGAUGUAUAUUUUUAAUUUUUCUGUAGAAAAAAAAGCACAGUGACAUGAUUUGCCAGAGAGCUGAAACAUUAUUGCAGAUUCUGUGAUAUGGCGGUGGUUUCUAAAUUCUUCCUCAAUAAUGUUAUUGAGACUCAAUUGCUGACCUUGAUAUUGUUUUUAACCAGAUUUAGGUUGCGAGUCAUGAAAAUCUCUCUUCAGAUUCUUCACAUGACCAUUUGCCGGGAUCCAAUCCCUUGAGACUGGACAUUUCAAAACAUAAACAUAGUUAAAUGUACUAGAUUUAAAAAAGAUAAAAAAUCCAACAUAAAUUGGCCCCUUUUCAUACAGUAGAUUUACACAAAAUUUGCUGUACAAACGUAUUUAUGCAUAACUGGCCUUGUCCAGUAAUUAUACACCACAUUAGUGCAUUUUACCAAAAUGUGCAGUGCAAGUGAUUGUUAUGAAAUUUGUGCGCAUGUUACUACCCAAAACAUUCCUCUAACGACCGUAACUUUUAAUGUUAAAAAAAAAUUUACCAAGGUUUGAAAAAGUUUAAAGAAAAUAAUAUACCACAAAUAGUUUUGUCAUUGUACAGUCUUGCUUCAGUGCAACUAUCUACAAUAAUGUAAAUUCACAAUACAGCUUCUCUGCGCAUCUGUUAUUAGUGAUGUCUGACUCUGUGAAAAUCCUGAAUAUAGCCUUUUUUCAGUUUUAUGCAAUGAAGAAGUUGUGCCUCUUUAGUGUGAAGUUUAACAGCAAAAUCCUGUAUUUUUCCUAAGAUGAUUGCACUGUCGUCAUGACAGCUUGAAUGCCUUGGUUCGUUUUGUUUCUUUAACCACGCCUUUGCCUCUGCUAGUGUGUCCAGAUAUACUGUAGCUAGACCAGGAGUCUGUGCUUUUGAGUGUCGAUUGGUGAAUGUGUUAUGCCGACCGCGUAGAUGUUGCAUGCCAGGUGCUGAAAGCUUUAGUAGUUGAUUUGUGGGGAUGAUGCGGAAGAUCGAACAAUCAAGAGAAGCAAUAUAUUUUUAAACUCUUAUUCAGCAAAAGAAAUCCAAUAACACAAUCUUUCUUGGAUGGCAAUGUUACUUAUGAGCCAGAAGGAAACCGAUGAGUCCCAAAGUUUUGAAAAAGCUUUUUGAUCAUCCAACACAUUGUUGCUAUUCCUCCAGUUAGUCAGCAGUUAAACAUCCUGAUGCUACAGGGUUGGUGGACAGAGCUGGACAUCUUUCAUUAUGUAAACAUAACAUUUAGUCUAAUCAGUAAAAAUAUUUUACCACACUGCCCACUUGGUAAUCAGUUAACCUAAAGUCCUUUUUUUAUUAAUAUACUGUUGGAGGAAGCUGGAGUACCUAGCGAGAACCCACACAUUCACUGGGGACAUGCAAAAAACCCCAGGAUGGGAUUUGAAACCAAUACCUUAUUGCUGGAAGGCUGAAAGCUCGUGAUAGUUUUUUUUAAUAAGAUAAAUGUAAAAUAAGACCACUCAAGACAAAGGAAAGCUCUGACUCCAGCGUUGUUACUCUUCUCCCCGAAAUAAGAGGAUGUUUUUCUCCCAACAACUGAAUCACUGGAAAACCCCAUGUUAUAUUAGUAAACCAUGCAAUGGCAGUCUCUCUGUUUUCUGUUUAUUGAGUAUCUGUUUCAGUACUUAUAGUUCCCACAACCUAUGUAGCCCUAAAAUCCAUAUUUUAAACAUCUGGUGGCAGGAAUGAAAGCUAAAAUAUUCACAUCUACAUCUAAAAUAUUCACAUACAGUCAACUGUUCUUUCCUACAUUUGGAAUUGUUCUUAUAUACUUCUGGGAGUUACUGGACUUAAUUCUGCGUCUCUGAAAUAUCACUAUUGAAAUUCUGAUGGACCAUUGAGCUGUCCAGGGUGUAUACCACCUUCAGCAACCUUUGCUUAAAAAGACUAGAACAAAGGUGUCAUCUAAAAAGUAUCAUCCAGCAACAACAUUCCAAAGUUGUCACUGUGAUAAGAAAAAGAAAAAAAAACAUUUGGCAAAUGUUUUAAAAAUGUUGUUGUAAAACUUAGUAACUUAUACUCUUUUCAUCUGAACCACUGGAGUGUUUUCUCUCCUCCUCACUUUCUGUGUGUCCCACUUUUCCCCCUACCCAUAGUAGUAGGAUGGAAAUGUUUAGUCUGUGCCAACAAACAUUAUGUACAAACAAUGGUCUCUCAUUGGAGACAGCUCCAUAAAGCCACUAGAGACAAGUAAGAAAAAGUGUGCUCAAACUUGACCCUGAACUCUUAAACAAAUAGGCCUGAAAGGACCCCACUUCCCCCUCUUUUCUCUUUAAAUACAAUACACACAACUACAACCCUGGUGAUGUUUUUAUUCACAUUACAAAGAUGAAGUCGUAUGAAACGUUAGUUCCUUUUAACAUAUGUGCUGGAAGAAAAGGAAUAAAAAGAAGGGUUGUCUGCGACUUCUUUGUGGUUUUGUUUCCAUAUGAGCUGAGGUUUGAGUUUAAAAAAAAAAAAAGCACAGUGAACCAAGCUGUAAAACUCAUUACAUCACUACAUAGUGUGUCUUUAAGUGGAUACACUGCAGCCCACGAUGGGUUUAAUGUGUUUUCUCUAGUCAGAUCCAGUUUAGAUUUGAAAAAUUGGCAUCAUUUUAGUUCAACUCAUGGCAGAGAUUUAAUGAGUUCAAAUGAUGCAAGGAGGAGCUACUUGUGCUCUGUUAUUUUAGGAGGGAAAAUGACUGCUGAGAGUUGUUUCUUCAGGCAAAUCUGAAAUAAAUCUGAGAUCUUAUUUCUUUUAGAAUAUAUUAUCGCUGUCUAAGUGUUGUGGAUUUUUUAAAUGCUCACUUUCAUGGAUCUGACCAGGCUCCAGGUACCAGCACCCUCAGGCUAUUCUGGGAACAAGAUAAAUAGCACGAUUACGUAGAUGAGUUGAUGUGCACAGAAACACGGUUGCCAUGACAAUGAGGCCGAGCAGACUGCCGCUCGAGUGUCUAUAUAAAAACACAGUGUACAGCAGAGGCAGGAGCAAUGGAGCAGUAUGCUUUGGAUACCAGAUUGCAUAAGAGAUUUACUGACUCAAAGUUGGAAUGAAGUUUUUAAUGUGCCAUUUUAAAGAUGACACCUAAAUCAAGAUAAAUUUAUUUUAAAAUAAGUUUUGAGAGGUCAGACAAUUCCAUUAAAAGAGACCCAACCACAUUCAGUUUAACACGCUUAAAGAUUAACACCAAAUAUCACUCAUAAGUGUCACUACACAAAUAGAUUGUGAAACUGGUGAAUGCUGCUCAUUUAAGCAUGAUAGCUUGAUCAUAUGCAUAUGAAUGUUAAGUAUUUUUAUUAUUCUUUGAAUUUCUUUUAACCUAAAAUCACUGGCAUUUCUACAACUGAGUGACUCAUGUUAAGUUGUAUUCAGUUUUUUAGCUCAGUGUAACCAUAUCCAUAUCCAUACCCAACAUUAAGAAAUAUGUAAAAGAUAAAAUAAAAAGUGAAACAAAAGACAGCUGAGAACACAGUCAAAAUUUGCCAGAGUCAUGUUGUUAAAUUAGGAAAGCUAAACCCAGGGGAAAAUGAA